AUGGCUGACCAAACAACAGAUAAUUUGUUGGUACCAGAGGAAGGUGUCAACCAUAAGAAAUCUCCAACACCAAGCAUUGACAUGAAUCUUGUGAGCGAAGCAAACAAAAAGCUUGACGAGAAUGAAAUUACAGAGAACCCCAAUACGGGUGAACAAAAUAUAAUUACUGAAGCCUUAAAAAUCGUUGUAAAUGAAACAUCAGAAAACACCAAGCCAGAACAACCGAAGGUUAGCAAUGAAGAACGGCAGAGAGUCAAGAACAAACUCAUAUCUGUUGCACAAAUUCACAAAGAGACGUUUUCCAAGGAAGAGAUAAAAGAAAUUGAAAUUGAUAAGGCCAUUAAUAAGGAACGAGUCUCACGGACGAUUCCUUGUCUUCAAGUCAUCGACCAAGAUGGCAUUUUUUCAGAUGAAAAGCCCAAUUCAGAAACUUUCGACCAAUUUGUCGCGAAGAACGCUCAAUUCAAGGCGCUGGGAUUCAAUUAUAACAUGUUAAGUAUCUUGGGUCCCCAGAACAGUGGAAAGAGCACUUUGUUAAAUUACUUGUUUGAUACGAACUUUGCUGUUCUCGACGAGAAAAAGGGAAGACAAAGGACAACAAGAGGCGUGUGGCUUGGUGUUGUUGGAGACAGAGAUGACAUCAUGGUGAUGGACCUUGAAGGCUCUGACGGAAGUUCAAGAGAAGACGACUACUCAUUUGAAAGAAAGAUUUCAUUGUUUUCACUGACUGUUUGCAGUGUGUUGAUGGUUAACAUUUGGUCGCAUGAUGUAGGGAGGUAUGGCGCGUCGAACAUGUCACUACUGAAAAACAUUUUUGAGUUAAAUCUUCAAUUGUUCCAAAAAGAAGAUUCGCCAAAGACAAUGAUUUUGUUUGUUGUGAGAGACCGUGACCAGAGAAAGAGCUUCGACUCAACAAAAAAAGUUUUGUGUGAUGAUAUUGCAAAAAUCUGGGACGGUGUCGUAAGGCCCGAGUGCUUCAAAAGAGCUCCAAUCACCAAAUUCUUUGAUCUUGAGUUUACUAGUUUGCCGCAUUUUAAACACAACAAGGAGCAGUUUAUACAAGAGGUCAAUUUGUUGAGAAGCCGUUUUGAUUCGAGAAACAAAGACACGUUCUUCAAAUCAAUUUAUAACAAAGAGAUUCCAGCAGACGGGCUUUCGGUGUUUACAAAACAAGUUUGGGAAGCAAUCAAGAAAAACAAGGAUUUGGAUUUGCCAUCACAAAAAGAAAUGCUUGCAAGGUACAGAUGCGACGAGUUGAUCACUUUGGUUUUAAAGGAAUUUGAAGAAGACAUACAGCCAGUUGUUGCAAGUCAUGAGAUGAAGAAAAUGUUCCCAAACUUCAAACAAUAUAUCGACAUGUCAUUUGAUAAGAGAAUGAAAGAGUUUAUGGCGACUGCAUCGAAGUACUUGGACAGAGUCGUGAAAGAAAAAGCAGAUGCGUUGUCGGCUCAAAUGAUUAAUGUGGCGUCUUCUGCUUACCAGACUCAGAUGAUUCUGUCGAUCAAUUACAUCAAAACCAUGUUGUCUACGAGUUAUUUCACAUUCCAAGCAUCCUACACAAAUGAACAGAAUUUGACCUUCGACCCAAACAGAUACGCGGGAUAUGCCGACCAAAUUGAGGCAUUGAACACCGCAAUCAGAGAAGAGUGGCGCAAGAUUUCCAGUCAGAGUGUUCCAACAAACGUGGAGAACACAUUCACCGUCGAGAUUAACAACAUGGACAAAUUUAUUGGGAAGAUGUACGAAAUUGCACGAAAGGGGCUGGUAGAGGCGUUAAUGAACCACUUCAAGCGACACAUGCAGAAGGUCAUGAGACCAAAGCUGUUUCCUGUUUUCGAGAAUUGUGCCGACGACAUGUGGGCCCAAGUGAGAAAAAUUGUGGACGAAGCCACGAAAGAAAAUUUGACACAACUCGAAAACGGAAUGAUUAAUUCUCUCAAAAUGGAAAGAAAUGAUGUUGAAGAAAAACUUGCACAACUCCAAGUGUACGUUAUCGAUGCUGUUCGUUCUACAAUCAAGGAGCGUAGCGGUUUUGUCAACAGCUUGAUGGAGACACGGUUUUUGAAUAUAUUCAGAAACGAAAAGGAUGGAUUACCACACAAAUGGAAAGCUAAUGAAGAUUUAAGUAAACCAUUCUUUGCUGCAAAAAAAGAGGCAGAGAAGAUAUUAGACUUAUUCUCGUACAUUAGAAUUGACACGAAAGAUGAUGAGGUAUCAUUCUUGGGCACAAACCCCGCGACAAACAAAACAAUGGUGCUCGAGGAACCGGAGAAGAACAUCGAGAGCACAAAAGGCUUGUUUUCAUUCGAUGAGAGACUCGCGAUGUUCCAAAACUUUCAAAACACAGCAGAGGCCGCAUUCACGAAGGCGCAACAAGACCAAGCAGCUGUCACCAUUCACUCUAAAACACCAAUGUGGUUGAUUUUAUUGAUCGUCUUUUUGGGCUUCGACAAUAUCGUGCAACUAUUCAAAUCACCUGUUAUGAUGGCCGUUGUACUUGUCAUUAUCGGAAUUGUGUUUGCUAUGACCAGAAUGGGAUAUUCAAAUGUCAUAGAUUCUGCACUGUCAUUUAUGUUCUCCGUCUCAUGGUCGUCUGUGCUGUAUUUGGCCCAAGACUUGGGUAUAUUCUCAACAUUGCUUCCAAAACCCGAGGUACCAACAAGAAAAGGAAGCACAAAACCCGUCGAGAAAGUUGAAAAGCCAAAAAGCGUAAACACCACAACAAAACCAGCAAACCCAAUGGGCAACGUCACUUCAGAAAAUAUCGACUCGAUUCAGUCAUUCGACGAGGCGUUUAAAAUGGUUGGAGAAAGUGAUUAA